CUCCCCAUCCCCCCCAGUCCCAGACUAGUGGGUAGAUUAUUCUCCUCAGGCUCGGGCCAGCAUCCUGGUCAGCCGUGCCAGAGCUCUUGUCUCAAAAAUACUUUGCAAGUGAUCUGGCAUCUACCUUGUCUAUGAAUCAAGAGGCACAGAAAUUCCUCCCCCUCCCCAGUGGAUCCAGUCUGGAAAAACAGCUCAUCCAGCUCCCUGGCCUUUCCUGGGAUGGGGGUGGGGUGGGGUAGGGGAAAGACUGGUGCCGUGCCUGCCCUUCCUGCUCUCCCUCCCCACCCUGUCUUCUCCCUCUUCCACUCCCUCCUUUUCUACUUCCCUCUUCCUGGGAAAGAGGCUCUCUGGAACACCCCCUUCUCUCCCAGCUCCCAUGGUCUACCUUCCCCGCGCCAGAGUGAUCCAGCUUGCCUUCAGGCUCCUCCAGCCAGCCACCAUGGCAUCCCGCAUCGGCCUUCGGAUGCAGCUCAUGAGGGAGCAGGCCCAACAGGAGGAACAGCGGGAGCGGAUGCAGCAGCAGGCUGUGAUGCACUACAUGCAGCAGCAGCAGCAGCAACAACAGCAGCAGCUACCAGGGCCUCCCACCCCGGCCAUCAAUACACCAGUUCACUUCCAGCCCCCACCUCCUGUGCCAGGAGAAAUCCUGAAGGUGCAGUCGUACCUGGAGAAUCCCACCUCCUACCAUCUGCAGCAGUCCCGAGACCAGAAGGUGCGGGAGUAUUUGUCGGAGACCUAUGGGAACAAGUUUGCUGCUCACAUCAGCCCUGCCCAGAGCUCCCCAAAGCCACCCCCAGCUGCUUCUCCCGGGGUCCGGGCCAGCCAUGUGCUCUCUUCCUCUGCAGGCAACAGUGCCCCCAACAGCCCUAUGGCCAUGCUUAAUAUUGGCUCGAAUCCAGAGCGGGAGCUCGAUGACGUUAUUGACAACAUCAUGCGCCUGGAUGACGUCCUGGGAUACAUCAAUCCAGAGAUUCAGAUGCCCAAUACGCUGCCUUUGUCCAGCAGCCACCUGACAGUAUACAGUGGAGACCCCCAGGUCACAGCCUCCCUCAUAGGUGUCACUAGCAGCUCCUGCCCAGCUGACUUGGCCCAGAAGAGAGAGCUCACAGAUGCUGAGAGCAGGGCCUUGGCCAAGGAACGUCAGAAGAAAGACAAUCACAACCUUAUCGAAAGAAGACGAAGAUUCAACAUCAACGACCGAAUCAAAGAGCUGGGCAUGCUGAUUCCCAAGGCCAAUGACCUGGAUGUGCGCUGGAACAAGGGAACCAUCCUGAAGGCCUCGGUGGAUUAUAUUCGUCGGAUGCAGAAGGAUCUGCAGAAAUCCAGGGACCUGGAGAACCAUUCUCGGCGCCUGGAGAUGACAAACAAGCAGUUGUGGCUUCGCAUCCAGGAGCUAGAGAUGCAGGCCAGAGUCCACGGCUUACCCACAGCUUCUCCCUCUGGAGUUAACAUGGCCGAAUUGGCCCAGCAGGUGGUGAAACAAGAGCUCCCCAGUGAGGAGGGUUUGGGGGAGCCCUUGCUCCCCACAGCUGAGCUCCCCGACCAAGAGCCCUCCCUGACCCUGCCUCCUCAGCCGCCACCCCCACCGCCACCCCCACCCCUGCCACCGCCGCAGUCUCCGUACCAACUGGACUUCAGCCACAACAUGAGUUUUGGUGGGGGCGAGGGGCCCCAGGGUUUCCCUGACUCCCUGGGGCCCGAGCAUGGCUCCCUCUUCCCCUCCUUGUCCAAGAAGGAGCUGGACCAUCUGAUGCUUCUGGACGACACCAUGUUGCCCCUGGCCUCUGAUCCCCUCUUCUCUACCAUGUCACCCGAGGCCUCCAAGGCCAGCAGCCGGCGAAGCAGUUUCAGCAUGGAGGAAGGGGACAUGCUGUGACCCCAGCCACCCCCUCCCACCCCCCAGAGCUGGGGAGGAGGGACAAGCCCCGGGGGUUGGGAGUUGGGGAUGCGUGAUGGGCCGUCAUCCCUUCCUCUCACCUCCCUCCAAUCUGCACUCGUGUGUGAUUAGCGACCUGUGUGGACACUGGCUCCCCCACUCCCGCCUCUCUCACUCUUCCUAACCCUGCUCCCACCUCUAGGCCUCCCAGCCCAGCCAGGACCCUGACAUGCAGGACGUGCUUCAAGGGACUGGGAGCUGGAGCUCUCAUAGGGUGCCAGAGGUCUCCUGGGGAGCCAGCCUUGCUCAGCCCGGGCCUUGGGCCCCUGGGGACCCCAUAGUUCCCCACAGCCCUCCUCCCUGCUCUCUCUCUGGGGACAGGGUGGGCAGCAGUGGACAGAGAGGCCAGAAGGGCUAGCUCUUGGACCGGGUCUAGUGUGGGAGAAGAGGCCCAGAUUAUGCCAGGGGGCAGCAGACCAAGCGUCCUGGAGGGGCUUCUCGAUCCUACCCCAGCCCUUUCCCCCUAGCCUACCGUAGGGGGAGCGAGCCUAUAGAGAGGGACAAGAGCAGAAGCAUCUUCCAGGAGGGUCUGGGUUAGGGUGUCCCUGUUCCCCACCCUUAGUCCCACCAGCAAUGUCCUGGUUCCACGGAGAUCAGUGUCUUGGGACCCCAGUAGAGAGGGCCAGGAGCCCAGAGCUCCCCUCCCCUCUCGAUACAGACCUGGAGUGGCCUCCACUUUGGUGCUAACUGCCCCCUUUCCCGGGACCCUGCAAGGGCGGGGCCACACCGGACGCCGGUGGCUGCACCUUUGCAGGGGCCGCUCCUUCACUGGGGCUGGUGCCAGGGCAGGGGGUGGGGAUGGGUCGAGGGCGCGCUGCCAGGGAGGGCAGCCAGACUCUGGCCUCCCCCGCCUUGUGCCUUAGUAAACACUUUGCUUUGUA